GAAUCCCAAGUCCAGUGGUAUGGCGAGCAAGAAGUUUGGCGAUUUCGUGAAGAUUGUAUCCCAGUACAUUACCGGCACACAGGGCUUCGACCGGGUCGUAAAAAUGAUUAAAAUCACAGAUGGCGGUGAUGGUCGUGUGGUCGGAGAGUUCACUGUGGAGAAGGAGCAUCUGAAUCGGGGUGGAACUUUGCACGGUGGUCUGACGGCCACCAUUGUGGACAAUGUCACCACAUAUGCCCUGAUGUCCAAGGGUUCGCAUCCCGGGGUCUCAGUGAAUCUAAAUGUGAAUUAUAUUUCGCCAGCUAAGCCGGGUGAAGUCGUUGAAGUCGAAGCAAAUACUGUAAGGGCAGGGAAAAAAUUGGCCUAUUUGGAUUGUGUUCUUAGGCGGAAAUCGGAUGGAAGGAUCAUCGCUAAUGGUGGACAAGUUAAAUUUGUUGAUUUCGAAAAGGAAAAGAUGGAUUUCUAAUUCCUCUAAACAUUGUUUAAAUCUUACAAAUAAAUUAAUCAAUCUAUCGA